AUGAAGCGAACAUACAGCACCCCAGAGAUGCAUAACGCAGGUCUCGACACAACAAUUGCAGCCGAUGUUCAAGGUUCAGUUUACGAGGCGCUCGGUGAGAUCCAGAACCUGCAAUGGGUUGGGCUGGGCUUCCCAAUGGCGUCCGUUGCUGUAAUCCUUUUGAUGGGCCGGCUAUAUAGUAUGUUUAACAUCAAAUGGCUCAUGAUAAUAACUACCGCUAUUUUUGAGAUCGGAAGUGCCAUUUGCGGCGCCGCUCCAACCUCAGAUGCUCUAAUCAUUGGCCGGGUUAUUGCUGGAAUUGGUGGAUCUGGCAUGUACCUUGGAGCUUUGAGUUACUUCUCAGUUUUUACGACUAAUAAGGAGGCGAGUCUAUAUAACGCCGGCAUUGGUCUCGCAUGGGGUUUCGGCUCAAUUCUUGGACCUGUUAUAGGUGGUGCUUUUUCUGACAGCAGUGCAACAUGGCGUUGGGCCUUUUACAUUAACCUCCCCCUGGCCGCUCUUAUGUCGCCUGUGUACCUGUUUAUUUUCCCGUCCUUCCGUCCCAGCAGGGAUCAGACAAUGUUGCAGUCUCUCAAAUCCAUCGAUUCGGUGGGCGCCAUAUUGAAUGCAGUCGUGUUUGUUCUGUUCAUGCUCGUCCUCACCUUUGGCGGAGCUACGUGGGCUUGGGGCUCAGGACCAACCAUUGCAGUAUGGGUGGUAUGGGGGGUGUCGUUGACGCUGUUUAUCCUCCAACAGGCAUUUUUUAUUUUCACUGACGCGGAAACGAGGCUAUUUCCAUUACACCUACUUAAAAGCAGAGCGUUGGCGCUUGUAUGUGUUGGUACAGCUACCUCGGCCACUGCUGUUGCUGUUACGAUAUACUACGUCCCGCUCCUGUUCCAGGUUACCCGCAAUGACUCUGCCCUUCAAGCCGCGGUGCGCCUGUUACCUUUUAUUGUAUUUUUCAUCUUCUUUGUCAUGGUGGCUGGUGGCUCCCUUCCUGUAGUACAGCGCUACAAUCUCUAUUACAUCCUAGGUGGAGCCCUCGUUGUUACCGGGGGCGCCUUGCUAUUCACUAUUACGCCUGAGACUAGCGUGGCCCGCAUCUAUGGUUACGAGAUCCUUGUGGCUGCCGGCGCCGGUCUUCCUUUUCAAAAUGGCUAUGCCAUCGCUGCCUCAAAGGUCGCCAAGCAAGAUCGCGCCUCAGCGAUCGGGCUAAUCAACGUCGCGCAGAUUGGCUUCAUGGCCUUAUCGCUUGCCGCUGCAGGGGCCCUGUUCCAGAAUCUAGGGUAUCAGUCCCUAAGGGACGCGUUGGCGGAUUUUCACUUCCCGGAUGAUUACGUACGGUCGGCACUGGCAGGAAAGAUCUCGCCUAUUUUCAAGUCCGCUGAUUCGGACGUUGUCGAUGUUGCCGUUCGCGCCAUUUUCAGUACUAUUCGACGAGUGUUUGGAAUGUUGGUUGGAACCGGAGCGGUGCUCCUCGUCGGUGGCUUGCUGAUGCCUUGGGAGAAAGUCGACUUUGCUCCAGCUGCUGAAGAUUAG